GUGUAACUUUCGGUUAACUAUCCAGGACCAACUAGUCCUCGUUUCGCCUUUAAAAUGGUGUUUACGGGGAGAGCGCGUGGUCGCGGAUUUGGAGCAAAAGGCGGAGGUAUCCACGCAACAACCAGAAAGUCGUCGUCUUCGAGUUUUGACAGGUCUCGCUACCGAGAUCACGAUCGGUCUCUGUCACCGCCGCGCAAGAGACCCACCACUGUAGAAGACCGCCUUGGGACUAAGCAUCCCAGAGAGGACACUUCUCCCCCAACAGAAUCCCUGCGAAUUACAGUGGGAAAUGACAUUUACAGCAAAGAACCUGUGGGCAGAGAACCUGUGGGCAGAGAACCUGUGGGCAGUCCUCUGUCGGAGAGACUGGGCCCCCCAGUUCAAUCAAACACACAAAACACAGCAGAUAUAUUUGAGCAGGAGAGGAUGCUCUAUAGUAAAGGGGCAGAUGAUUCACAGAGAAGGAACGAGAAAUGGAGACAAAAUUCCCAGGAGAGGAGAUAUGAGGAUUCCCGCGGGAGAAGUGACAGCAGGGGAAGGGAUAGAAGGAGGGACGGCAGCAGGGAGAGGCGGGACCACCCCGGGUAUAGUAGGGAUCGUCAUGGAGAUAGGAGAGACCACAGACGAGACAGUCGGGAUUAUUACGACAGGCGAGAAGGAAGCAGGGAACGUCACCGUAGUGACAGUUAUUCGAGUCACUAUGACAGGAGGGAGGAUUCCCGAGAUCGAGACUACCGAGAUUACUACAGGGGUGAUCCAAGUAAAAAAUUUGAUGAAAGAUUUAGUAGUGAGAGAAUGGAAUCACAGUAUGGAGAUAGAGGUAGACAUGAUAUUGAUAGGUUUGAUACUGUGCCCCACACCGUUAUUGACAGGAGUCUGGAGCGACCUAAUUCUCCGGUGAACUACUACCACGGGACCCUGGAAUCCCUGACACAGCCCGUGAUGAGAAGUCCUCCCAAAGCUGAGCCUACACCACCCACUGCUAAACCUCUCAAAUCCAUACUCAAGAAGAAAACCAACACUGAGCCGCCACCUGUCGUGCCUCCAGCUGAGGAUCCGUAUAGAAUCCAGAUAGAUCACAGACUGGGACCACCUCCCAGACAAGAUUUCAAUUCUGGAAGACCCCCCGCUGAACCUGCAAUGGAUAUAGAGGAUGAAGAGAGGUUUCUUUAUGGUGAAGCAGAAAAGACAGAAACACCAACAUCAAAACCACCGCUCUGGACUCAGCCAUUUGCAGCUGGUCUUUAUCAGCCCCCGGGCAGUGGGGCUCAGCAAAGCAACACUUUCCCGGUCCUCGGUCAGCAGAGAGCAUUUUCUCCUCCUUCAGCUUACAUUCAGGAAAAACCUCCUGAUGAGCCAGAAAGACAGUACGACUCCUCAGACCUCCUUAGCAUUUUUACAAAGCGGCCACAACCUCGGGUCAUAGAGGAUGAUCAGAUACCUCUCACUCAACCACCCACUCAACCACCCAUGCCACAGACCAUACAACCGCUUGCUCAGCAACCAGUGCAACAUACCAUACAACAGACUAUACAACAGACCAUACAACAGACCAUACAACCACCUUCUCAGCAGCCAGCCUCAUUUGCAGUGACAAUGCAAGAGGAAGUGAAGCAACAAAAGUAUGAUCCCACGAUAGAAAACAUCUUAAAGUCAAUUGGAUUUGAUUUUGAAAUGUCCAAACGAAUGCAAGAAAAAGCCGGGAGUGAAGUGAAGAAGGAGGAUGUACCUCAGGAGUACGGCAUCAACCAGACGGCCUCGUUCCUCGGGGGAGGCCUGUCCACCGAGGACCUCACCUCAAACCUGUUCUCCAAAAAGAAACCACCACUGGACAUUCUGUCAUCACAGGAAGGACGGGAUUGGAGGUCCGACAGGGGGUCUACAGAAGGCCGUCCCAGCUUUCUGGACCAGAUUCUGAGAAGAGAUCAGCUCAGUAAAACUAAUGCACAUAUUCCUCUGUCAGAACCUUCCAUGCCUCCAUCCACCGCACAAGAGUUCCCUUCAUCCACCUAUGCUGUGCCCUCAUUCUCCCAAGGAUAUACUGCCCCUGCUUAUACUGCACCGUAUGCUCCCCCUGCUUCGUCUGUUGAUCCGUAUAGUUACCACCCUGAGUAUUCUACAGCCCCAUCACAGUAUCCCACAACAGUGAGUGCUUUCUCUGGCCCCAAAAAACAUAGAGAGCCCAUUGUAAGGCAGCUGUCUCCAGGGUUACCAAAGGCUCCAGAAAUGUCAGCAAGAGAAAACCUGACGACCGUACCACUCGAAGAGAAUCUUCCCAAAAGUGUGAAACCUGAGCCAUCUAAAAAAAAAAAUACAAGACCAAAUUUAAGAGAAAUUCCGAAAUCCUCUGAAACCUUAAGAACCAUGCCAUCUGAAAAUCCUUCUUUUUCCAGUCGAACUGUUUUGCCUCCCAAAAGUGAAAGUUCACAAUAUCAGAAACAGGGAGGGAAGAGACCAGUUGAGCGAGAGUCAGCACAGUCCUUGAUACAGUCCAGGAAGCAGGCGGAGAAACUGCAGCGUGACAAAGAGGAAAGACAGAAACGAAUCCUGGCGCUCGAAGAGGAACUGACAAAACUCCGAAGGCAGCAAAACGAGAUCAUGAGAAAGAAGCGCCGACAGAAGGAUGGUCACAAGGAUCCUAUUCUUCUACAAAACAGCAAGUUACAGGAGGAAAUAGCAAUGCAGAUAUCAAAGCUGAGGAAAAUCGGUGAGGGCAAAAGUGUGGAGGAGCUUCAACCUCAGCAGAAGAAAAGCAAGACUGACAAGGAAGAACAGAAGGUGGUGGUGAGUGAAGAGAUACUGGCCGUAAGUGAACCUAAGUCAAGUCCUGAGGGUCAAACCAUUAAAGAGGAAGUAACUGUCAAAGAGGAAGUUACUGUCAAGGAGGAAGUUAAAUCAGAGUCUGAGGCACAGCAAGAGGAAAAACCAAAACAGUUGUCUUUCCAAGUGAAGGGCGGUGUGAAGACCAGGUAUGAGUUCUUUGACCCGGGCAAACACUGGUGCAAGCUCUGUAACACGGUGUACGACACGGCCAUGCAGUUCCUGGAGCACACUCACUUUCGUCACAACAAGAAGUGGAAAAACACAGAUAAUUAUGAUCGGCCUUGGAUUCCUGACCAGAUGAAAAACCCGACCCCUAAAAAGAAAGCGCAGAAAACAGAAGUGGUUUCCCUGAAGGGUCCAGAGUUCCUGUUUCCUAUUAAUGGAUUUUUCUGCGUUUUGUGUCGUGAAUUUUCUGGAGAUGUUCAGUGUGCAGAAUUUCAUUUGAAAACAGAUAUUCAUCACUCAAACUACCAGAAAUUUCUCCAGGACAGUCCCUUCUAUGAACAGAGGAGGCAGCUAGACAGGGCUAAAGGCUUGGCAGAGAAGCAAGAAAAAACCCUGAAAGACAAAGAAUCCAAGCCACUAUUUGGUAAAAACAUAUCCUUGGUCAGAGAGAGACAGAUAGCAAAACCUGUUGAGAGGAAUGUAAACAUUAAGCAAUCGGAGAAAGAAGUGGAAGAGUUGUCGGAUAUUCAAGGCAGCAGUCAGUCAAAUGCCGCAAAAUUAGCCAAAAUGAAAUUAUCCUUGAAGCAGCCAACUGUCACAAAUCCUGCGCCAAAGCCUGAAGUUGAGGAACCCCCAGCACUGCAGACUCAGAGCUCUGCGGAAGAGGCAGAGAAAACAGCAGAUGGAGAGAAGAAAGAAGAUGGAAAAAAAGGAAUAGAAAUUAGAAUUGCUAAUAAGAUUGGAAUCAUUGGCAAAGUUCCAGCAAAAAAGAAUGCACUUCUUCCUCCUUGGACCCCAGUCUCUAGACAAGAGCCACUGAAAUCCAUCGCUGGAUUAGAAGCGGAAAAAAAUAAGUCUGCUAACGAGAAGAAACAGGUGACAGCUCAAGACAUCCUGAAGGCAGUGCAGGAGAAGAGAGAGCAGGAACGAAAAGAAAUGGAGGAAAAGGCCAAACAAGCAGCUCUACUGAAUGUGAUGGAGAUUCCCGUCCCUCAGGAAAAACCGAACAAGAAGGAAGACAUCCCAAUCCCUGAGGAAACACCCAGCAAAAAGGAGGAUAUCUUUGUCUCAGAGGAAAAACCCAGCAAGGAGACGAGGCCAGAAGCCCCAGAAAAAACUGGCAACAGAGACCCAAUGAUGGCAGACCUGAGUGCUAUACCUGUACCUAGCCGUCUAAACCCAGAGGUAAAGGAUGACACAAAUGUGAAAAAUUACAGUACCAUAGGGAGUCCUAUUACACAGAAAGCUGAGGGAAAUUCAGUGGCUAGUGAUAAUGGAAAUGUGAAGUAUGGCAGUAAUCAAGUGACAAUAGAGAGCAUAGAUGAGAUGGCUCUAGAGAAUAUUGUGAUGCCAGAAUCAGUGACUAUGACUCCAGCUGAAAGCAGAAUAAACAAUUCACCAUCAGUUACUGUUACACUAACCAAAGAAAAGAAAGAUCCUCCAUUUCAGAAUGAGAACCAAUCAGAUCUCUCCAAAUCAGAUUCAUUAUCAUCAGCUGCUGCAGAUACCACUAAAAAUUACACGUCAUUCAAUAAAGACGUUUCAAUUGAUCAUUCAGGAGAAAAGGCUGAUCAACCCUCGGUGAAUAGCGGCAGCAUCAGAGUCACCCAAUCCAUUAAUGUAUCGGUAAACAUUGAAAACAGCCAAGACUCAAACCAAAACCCAUUGACUGGUGACUCGGAAAAUCCAGAUGUAGAUGAUGAUAAGACUAUCAGUGAUGGAGAUGACACAAUAGACCUCGAUUCUGGGGAUGAAAACACGAGGGACGGUGAGAAGUUCAGUUCAGUCCAGCAGCAUCAAUGUCGUCCAAUAGAGGAUGUGAUCGAUGUCAGCAUGGGGAGCCUCGGGGAUGUGGUGGAGGUGGCAGUGGGGGGAGGGGGAGUCGGGGAGCUUGAGGGGGACAUGGACUGUAGUGUGGAGGGGCUGUACGGGGUGAUCGGGGGGGAGUCGGAGAACCUGGACGACGUCUUGUCUGUGGGGCCAGGACGCAGGGGGGCGGGGUGCUUCUCAGAUCUACGACCCAUGGACAUCGGGGACAUGACGACAGGGAUGGAUGACCCAGAUGUGGGGGAUAUUGUCAGUGAACUGAUGCACAGUAACGGCAUGGAUAGUGGUAACAAGCAGUGAGCACUGAUCCAGAAAGUGAGGGAGGACUCAGUGGACCAAUGGGCAGUGACUUUGAGGUCGUUGAUGAAUGCGAGGAGGAGACAUGAAAGUGUAUGUCAGCCCCGUGGAAGUGAAAGGAGUAUGAAGGGGACCUGAAGGUGUAGGCAGGCCCUUCAUAGGUGGAUGGAGUAUGAAGGGGCACCUGGGUACGAGGUGUUCUGAAGUAGAUGCUCAUGAUGUAAGAUAACCUGAGGCAGACGUUGAAGUGUUCCUAUGAAAAGAUUGAAGUCUGGUUUCUAUUAACAGUCUAUAUACUCUGAUUAUGAAUAGUGUAACUAUUCUCCAGUCAGUGCCCGCCCGCCAUUGUUACAUUUUUAAAUCAUUAUUCUGAUUUUCAUGGACAUUUUUAUCAUGUAUAUUGUUGGCAUGUUAGACAUGAAAUCCUUGUUUUGUCUUGUUUUGUAUUAAAAGAUUGAAUCAUGUUAA